CGUUUCUUCCUUCUUAACCUCUCCCCAUUUUGUGAGGGUGGAACUCAUGUGUUUAUUGCAUGGUUCCCCGUCUUGAUAUUGAAUUCAUGUUUUCUGAUCAACGUCCAAAAGUAUUGGAUUGUUAACGUCAAUCUAAACAUUUUGUUUGGUUUUUUCAGCACUUUUGUUUGCAGAAUAUACAUUCCACCCAUGUAUUGCACAUCCCUCUUUCAAUGUUGUUUUGUUGAUUACAUUGAGAACAACAUGUCAAAACUUAAGGUUAAUCAACUUCGCCAAUUAAGGAACAUUUUUGAAAAAUUUGACACAGAUUCCGAUGGUAGCCUAACAAAUCUAGAGCUAGCCGCGCUCCUUCGGUCAUUAGGGCUAAAGCCUUCGAGUGACCAAAUCCAUGUGUUAUUGACGAACCUGGAUUCAAAUGGAAAUGGAUUUGUGGAGUUUGAUGAGUUGGUGGAUGCAAUAUUGCGUAACAUAAGUGCAGAGAUAUUAUUGAACCAAGAAAUGCUUCUUGGGGUAUUUAAAUAUUUUGAUCGUGACGGAAAUGGUUUCAUAACAGCCGCAGAGCUAGCAGGGGCAAUGGCGAAAUUAGGUCAACCCCUUACCUAUAGAGAGCUCAGAGAGAUGAUCACAGAAGCAGAUACAGAUGGGGAUGGUGUCAUUAGCUUCAAUGAAUUUGUCACUGUCAUGGGUAGAUCAGCUUCUGACUUCUUAGACUUUGCACUGUUGUAACCAAAGGUUCCUCAUUGUAAACACGAUUUUGCGAAUUGGAACAUGUUUCUUAUCCUUGAUGUUGUGCUAAAAUGAGGCUUCGUACAAAAAGGAAAGGAAAAGCUUCCUCAUGUAAAUGUUUUUCUUCAAUUUUUCAUAUUUUGAGAUUAUGUAGCAUUUUUUUAGUGACUUUCAGAACAUAUCAUGUCAAUCACAAUUUGAGGAGAGUAAUGUUGUGUUUAGUAAGGAAUGAUCCAUUGUAAUCAAAUAUUCAUAUUUGAAUUUUUUUCCUUUCAA